GCAAGAAGAAGCAAGCGAUGUCCGAGCCGGUCGAUCUCGAAUAAAGCCGAAACUAAAGUCCCAAAGAACAAGGAUGGGACCAGUUCCCUUCGUCGUUGGGACUCUGAACUGGAAUUCGCCGACAUUGCAGUAUCAGACGCCACCGAAGUCGAGACUCUAGAUGUUCGCAAGCAGGAAGUGCCUGCUAUAGACGCUCCAGGUACUCAAUCGCUUCCUGCACCCUAGCAGCGCUGUAAAGAAUGCGAAGGAUCCGAUGGCGGCAAGCUCCUCCAAAAUCAAGAAGGCUGCAAAGGCAAAGCUCCAGCUGGUGCCUUUGGUGUCGGAAAUCUUAAUCACCCCGCAGCCGGCAAAGGCUGACACCAAGACAAAUCCCAAGAACAGCAAGGUCGAUACCAAGCAAAGGCUCAAGCUAGCGCCUUUGGUGUCCGCAUGGUCGUUCUAUCAUCAACCGUUCAGGGGCCAUUCUAGUAACAGCUGGCAACAGCAGAAGGCUAAGAACUCCAGCGGACUUCCCUUCCUCCCACCACUCGACCACCAUACUUUCUCGCGCUUCGAUAAGAUUCGUCGACAGACCAACAACGACUACGGUGAACUUGUCGAGGUACAGACCAACGAUGGCACAAUCUACAACGUCCACCGACGCGUUCUAGACCAGAAUCUCCUCUUCAAGAAGAUGUGGGAGGAAGCGUUAAAGAAGAACCCACGACAAUUUUGGGUCCCUGAUACCGUCAGCAUUCUCCGUUGGCGCCCUGUAGCGGAUUUUGCCAGAGUGAGCCCGACCUACAUACACUGGCUCUACAACAGCAACCUCCCGACCGCAAUAAUCGAUGUAAGCAACGAGCGCAUAAUCAGUACUGUUCUCGUGCGCCUAGUCCAAGAGUACAUCGUUGGUCAAACAAUUGAUGGUGGCUGUUAACAAAACGACAUCAUAGAUGCCUUCAUCACGAUACAAGUCCGUACGCACUGGCUUGCGUAAGCUCCGUGGUCGAGCUUGUGUACGAAGAUACGCCUGGGUAUUGUCUCAUGCAACAACUACUUGCUGACAUGUAUGCCUUCAUCGUCGUUGACGAUGCCGAGAAGUUCGACUUCGAUUUUUUGUUGGAGAUGCCGAAGGCGUUUGCUGUAGAUGUCCUUGAGAGCGUGGUGGCGCUGGAGCCAAAUGAAUUUAACCAGUGGUAGCACUUUUUGAGGGAUAGUGGCAAGAUAUACCAUAUCUAGACACGUGGUGCGUACGCUCAGAUCCAGUAUUUGGUGGAUAGUUAUGAUCGCCGUGACAUUGGCUGCGGAUAACGUCCUUGAUUAAUUGGUAGUAGUACAAUAAUGAGGGAAA